GUCCCUAAAUCCAGAUGCAAAUAGGUUACAUAUUGAGAAAGAAAUGGAGAAGUUCACAAAACAGCUCAAGGAAGAAAAUCCUUGCAUCAGCCCGCACCUUACGCCCCCACGCACUGUGCCCGCGCCUCGUGCCCCGCGCCCCACACGCCUGCCUUGCACUAGAUCCUCUCCUCUGCUGCACCAGAUCCCCUUGCCGCCUGCUGCGCCGAACCCACGUUGCUUGCACGCCUGCACUCUAUGCCAACAUCAUGACCCUGCACUGAGCCUUGCUGCACCCUUGCUGCACCCUUGCUGCUCUGCCUCUGCACGCUACAGCAGCUCCAGACAAAUUAGCAUUAUUAUUGAUUGACAGAGCUAGGCUUUUUUUAUUAUUUUAUCUUUAUUUUUAUCUUUUAUUGGGGUAUAUAUAUAGAGAAAAAUCAGAUUGAAAGGAGGGUUUUUCUGGUUGAUUUUCGGAGCUGGAAGGGCAUUUCUUCUAGUAUUGAGGCCGGGGGUUCCGAUUAUGGAGAUUGAUUUGGGUUGAUUUCGGGUCUCUUGGUUGAGUUCUGGGUUUUAAUUUUGGAGUCUCCGUCCGUUUGUUUCUUGGAGAACAGUAGGAGGAGAUUUUCAGGAGUAGAAAGGGGGGGAUUUUCUUUUUGUUGGGGGGAAGGUUUUUUUGGGGUUGAUAUCGGGUCUGUUGCUGGGAGAUUGGUUGUGGUUGAUCUGGGGGGUCUUUUUUUGAUUUUGGAGUUUGAUUUGGGAGUCAUUGUUCUGGGUUUCGGAGGAAAGGAGAGAGAAGAAAACCGAGCUGAUUCCGGCGAUAUUUCAGCCUCCUUUUGCUAGGUAUUUUCCAGCAACAAAAGAGUCUUUUUGGGAGGCAGUGAGGGGAAUGAUCUGGGCUUGAUCUCGUGGGUGGGAUCCGCCAGAUCAGACUCCGAUCUGUUACCCAGAAAGCUCCGCCGUGUUUGUUUCUUUUGUCUUCCUGUUUCCGAGACAUGCUUUUGUGAUGUUAACGUAUGUAUAUGUUUACUGAAAAUCAAUGAAAGAUAAAAAAAAAUGUUGAGUUUGUUUUGUGUGAUGAUUGUGUUUCCCUUUCUUUUUGUUAAUGAAUGUUUUAUGUUAUU